AGUAGUUUAGUUCGAAGCGGACACCUGCUAAAAUAUAGAGGAUUUUUGUCGAAUUUUUUGGUUUAUUGCGGUUAAGCUGGUCCAUUUGGCGGUUUAUUGGCGCGCAGAAUCCUUCGGACGGGCGAAACGGGAACGGUGCCGAUCGGUUUCGAGCCGCGGUCUCAUAUCCGGAAGCUUUGCGGUAAAUCUUUGCGCGUGUGGGAUUUGAACUCGACGACAAGCGACGAACGUUGUCGACCCAAGUGCCGAUUGCGAACGCACAGUGAUCCUGUCCAGAGGGUUCACUGGAGGUGCGCUAUCUUGUUGCGUUUGGUGUGUUGUAUUUACAACCUGGUGUGUGCUCUGCCGAGGCAGGAAGAAGAAGUUAGAACGAGAGAGUGACCUCUCGCCAAUAACUCCGCACCUCCGCCACCAGCCGAUCAUCCACAACGGGGCUCCAGGACAAAGACUAAGACCCCCACACGAAGCUUCCAACCGCCUUCGCUGCAGUCACACCGCCGCCCUCGUUGUCGGAUGAAAAAAGCACCGUUCGAAAACAAGGGAAUUAAUAUGCAAAAGCUGAUGGAAUUAAUGGCAGCCCCUUCGGCACCAAACAGCAGCCGUAGCAACAGCAGCAAUAUUCAACCCGGCAAAUACUAGAAGCCUCGGAUUAUAUGAUGAAUGAACGAAUGAUUGUGAAAAAAUAAUUGCCAAUGAAUAGCUGAGGCGCCAAUCCGCGAAUUGAGAAAAAAUCGAAUGACAGCGCUUUCAAGGAGUGUAUUUUAGAGUAGGAACAUAUAUUUUUAUUCAGUUUUAAGAAAAGUGUUACAGUAUAGAAAAAGCGAAAGCCGAGAGAAAAAAGAAAAUUUGUGGAAAUUCAAGCAAGUGUGAUACUACGCAGAAAGCAUUGCAAGUCAAUAAAUUUUUGAGAUUCUUGCUGCUGUUAGCUUUUAAACAUCGUAUGUUUAAGACCGUUACGAUAUCCGUCCAGCUUCCAAGUGCCAUAACAAAGUUAAGUGCAUCGCCAUAGUAGUAGUUUUAAAACAAGUUAAGCAUUCGGUAAAUGAAAAGUGACAUAAAAAUAAAUAAUCAUAAAUUUCGACGUACGGGCAGAGAGAAACCCGUGGAAGCCAUCAAACCAGUCAAAAGCAAAAGUAUGAAUGUUUGCGCACGACGAAGAAAAGAUAAAAAAUUGAUAACAAUUUAGCAGGCGUGUAAAUUGAAUGUCCGCUCCGGCCGAUGACAGUUUUAUACACACUAAAGUGAACAAGUGCUUUAAGUAGCAGCACUACAGGAGCCGCCUAAGAAGAAACCGAAAAGCAGAAGAAGAAAUCAAAAAAGCGAAGUCCAACAACAGCUAUGUGAGCGCAGACGUGCAAUUAAUCACCAGUAAGCUAACGAAUCCGUCCAGCGAUCGUGAGAUUUAGAAGAUAGAGAAUGUGAUAAAAGUCGUCUUUACAACGAGACAUAAUACUCAAUAGUGCUUCCAGUUUACACAGUAUUAGACUAGCAUAGUAUAAUAAAGUGCAAUCUCUCUCAUAGAGGCCAACGAAUCUUCGGGUGAAAGUUAAAUCGAAAAUGUCUUCCUCCCCUGAAAUGCAACAACAGCAACAUCAACACCAACAGCCACAACAGGCACACAGUGAGAUUAAAUCGAACCCUCCCACGCCUCCGCCAGAGCUGGCGACAAUGACUAAUGUCAGCGUGCUGGACCUGCACAAAGACUACGCGGGAGAUGUGGGUCAAACAAAGGUUUACGACAAGGAAACGAACACGGUUUACCUGUACGCUAACCCGGGUCAUAAGAUCAACGCGACAGUAGCCGCUAUUCAGUCCCCACAGCAACUGACGACGAUCGUCCAAGCAGGUCAUCCCCAUCAGUUGGCUUCCCCCGAUCAUGAUCAUACAGAACAGAACUUACUGCAUCCGAGAUUAAUCCAAGAACAGCACCAACAUCAUCAACAGCAUCCUCAUCAGCCGCACGAAGAGGACCAACACGUACAGCGACUCUCGCCAGGAGAUCAGGUAAUUGACGGAAGAUUAAUACCGUCCGGUCUGAACGGCGAUGUUCACCACCAGCAACAGCAACAACAUCAGUCACUGGCCCGUCUCUCGCCGGACGAUCAAUCAGUGCGUAUGCUGGACAACGCACACAUCCAACGUCUGUUGGGCAACCAGCAGAUCAUCAGUCGCGAGAUCAUCAACGGCGAGCAUCACAUCAUCACGCGAAACGAGAAUGGUGAAACGAUUCUGACCCGGAUCGUGAAUGCUCCGGCUACAACAGCCGAUCAAUUAAUCAACAAACUUCCAACCGACCCCAAUGCCAUUUACAGCGGUCAUCACACGGACGGUGGCCCUUCGACCCCAACGGCCGACCAACUACCAACUACUGUCCUUCAGUACGAGAAAGAAAGCGACGACAAGCAGCAUCACCCCCACCACCCGCACCACCAACAGCCGCAGAUCUACGGCAAUCCGGCGAGCGACCCCGCCCCAGAUCAGGCGGGAGCCAUCAAUCAAUCCAAGCAGAUCGUCUACACCGUUGGUGGCGAGCCGAAAAACGUCAUUUACGGUGAUCCCAAGGCUGCCAUACCGCACUUUGAACCCAUGAGCCAGGACCCGAACGAGCAGGGCGGCAAAGCGCAGAUCGACUACGUGUACAACGAUGGCAACAAAACUGUGAUCUACACCGACCAGAAGGGCCUGGAGAGUCUGUACGCGAACAACGAGCUGGGCCUGAUGGACGGCACCCAGAUCGUGGUGCAGGGCAAUCUCCAGUACACGCCCCAGCAGGGCCCGGACGGGACCACGGUCUAUGUGGUGGCUUCCGAUAUGCACCAGGACGAUGUGCAUCAGCAGAUUCAAAGCAUCCCCGCUACGAAAAUCAACGGGCAAACCACGCCUCUGGACGUAGCAGGCCUAUCGCAAAAUGAUAUACAAGGCAUACUUGGUUCACACCCAUCAUCGCAGUCGUCGAUAAAUGUCAAACGUGAGCCCGAAGAUCUACGCAAAGAGCCGAAAAACUCACGAAGUCAAAAGGUGUUGGUCGUACAGCCCUCGUCGCCCUCGGUGCAGAUUAAGGAACCUCCACCCAGCCCUGGAAGUCCAUCGGCUGAAAACAUGUAUGCAGCCCCCGGCACGCUCUACGUGCAGGGUCCAUCUCAUCAGGCCAGUUCGGCUGCGACAGCAGGUUCCAAUGUGAACACGAAUUCGCCCAGCCCCUCCUACGAUCAGUAUGGCAUGUACCAGCAGAGAUUGGGACCUGGCGGUGCGGCGUUUAUUACCGAGCCGUACACCUACCGCGAGUACUUUGAUCAGCAGGGCUAUGCCCCGGCCCGUACGACCAUUUACGGUACGGCGGAAACUGAUGGACCCCCACCUGCCACGACAUACGAAGGUCGGUACCCCUCCAAGACGGGUUCGAUCUACACCAAAACGAUCACCUCCGCUGCCGGACUAACCGUGGAUCUUCCCAGUCCUGAUUCGGGUAUUGGUGCCGAUGCUAUUACUCCCAGAGAUCAGAAUAAUGUACAACCGUCCUUCGAUUAUACAGAACUGUGCCAGCAACCGACCGGUUUGCUGGAUCCAAACUCCAGCGCCAUACCGGCGUCGGUCGCUAGCCUGCAGCGCAAUAUGGUCAGCGUGCCCGGCCAGAACAGUCCCACCACGUCGAUCGGCAGUGCGACCGCUCCGCCCCGGUCCCGACCGUGGCACGACUUCGGACGGCAGAAUGACGCCGACAAAGUGCAAAUACCAAAAAUAUUCUCCAAUGUCGGCUUCAAAUACUACCUGGAAAGUCCCAUCAGUUCGUCCCAGCGGCGAGAGGACGACCGGAUAACGUACAUAAACAAGGGACAAUUCUACGGCAUCACGCUGGAGUACAUCCACGACCCGGAUAAGCCCCUCAAGAGUCAGACUGUCAAGAGCGUUAUCAUGCUGAUGUUCCGCGAAGAGAAGAGCCCCGAGGACGAAAUCAAAGCGUGGCACUUUUGGCACAGUCGGCAGCACUCGGUCAAGCAGCGGAUAUUGGACGCCGAUACGAAAAAUUCCGUAGGUCUAGUCGGAUGUAUCGAGGAAGUGUCACACAAUGCCAUCGCCGUUUAUUGGAACCCGCUGGAAAGUUCUGCGAAGAUUAAUGUUGCCGUCCAAUGUUUAAGUACAGAUUUCAGCAGUCAAAAGGGUGUUAAGGGUCUACCGCUGCACCUGCAGAUCGACACGUUCGAGGAUCCACGGGACACCAGCGUGUGCCAUAGGGGUUACUGUCAAAUCAAAGUCUUUUGUGAUAAGGGUGCUGAACGUAAAACGCGCGACGAAGAACGACGGGCAGCGAAGCGCAAGAUGACCGCCACAGGACGGAAAAAAUUGGACGAAUUGUACCAUCCUGUGGUAGACCGGUCGGAGUUUUACACGAUGAGUGAUCUGCUGAAACCGCCGGUACUAUUUUCGCCAUCGGAGGACAUCGAUAAGCUUGCUUCGAUGGACUUACAGUUCUACGGCCAUGAUGCCGACUCACUAUCCGGAGGAUCGGAUAACGUAAAGUCGCCCUUCUUGUUGCAUGCGAAUAAAGCUACCACACCUACGCUCAAGUUCCACAAUCACUUCCCGCCAGACGUUAAUACGGAUAAAAAGGAUCCAAGUAUUAUCAUGGACGGAUCGUUAGUGAGCAACAUGUCCGAAUUUAGCCCGCAGCUCAAGCGACAACGAAUGACCCCACCGUUGAGCGAGCGAGUUAUGCUGUACGUCCGACAGGACAACGAAGAUGUCUACACGCCCCUGCACGUAGUCCCUCCCUCGACAGUUGGGCUUUUGAAUGCUAUUGAAAAUAAAUUCAAAAUUUCGACGUCGAGAAUAAAUAAUAUUUAUCGCAAAAAUAAGAAAGGGAUUACGGCGAGAAUUGAUGACGACAUGAUCAGACACUACUGCAAUGAGGAUAUCUUUAUCCUGGAGGUGCGACAGUACGAGGAAGAUCUCUACGACAUAACGCUGACAGAGCUUCCGACGCAUUGAUAGUGGUCAACGGUCGCGGCAAACGCUAUGUAGAAGUAGAGAAUUAGAAAUCGGUUAGCUGUACGAAUUUUACUUAUCUUUUGUUUUCUUAGUAAUUUCGAUUUCCGAUUAAUAAGAAGGCAAACAUUUUUGUUUGACAGUGCCUUAAAAGAGACAUUAAUACGUUUAACUUGUACAUUGUUUUAUGUAGGAUCCGUCUACUCAUAGACGAGUAGAGACAGAUGAAUAGCACAUAUACUUGUAAGACAUUGCACGUUUUUAGGUUAUGCAACUUGUAAUUGUUUAGAGUUAUUUAUUUAUUUGUAAAACAAACUGAUAAUUAAACUAAGAUCAGAAAGACGAAACAUCGCAAGCUCCUCAUUAGCGACAAGAGAUUCCGUGGACAAGAUGCCUAGCAGUUUGAGGAGUGCUCGUUCAUUUUUUCAUCCAUCGAACGCAUUUAUCGAGCCUAGUUUAAACGCAACUUCAAUGAACAAAUCAAGCUGGAAAUCCACUACAAGAUCUCAAAAUAUUUGUAUUCUAUGAUGGCCUAUCCUUCGGUGUGGCCCACGAUUUGUCUUGCUCAACUUUUGGAACGAUUGUUCCGAUCGAUUGCGGUCCACUAUCUCUUCCUCCUGACCACAAUAUGAGUCAAUCGUUCCGAUCAGAGUAGAUUUCAGCCAUAAAUUUCGACUUAAUUAGAUAGAUGAAGAGAUGUUCUCUUGUUUCUCCUCUUUUAUUCUUUGAUUCUAAAUCAUUUUACGAUUGAACGUACUUUACAAAACAGAAUCAUUACAUACAAAACGUUUUGUACAACAAAAUAGUUUUUUUUUAUAAUAGCUGGUAGCGAUCAUCCAUCGGUUGCAAUAUUAACAAUAACAUUACAAGCGUAACAAUAGCAUAGACAGAUAAGAUUAAUUCUUAGAAACGUUAGUUAACACGCUCAUUCGAUAUUCCAUGACAGAUUUUAUGUUUUAUCUCAAACAAACUUCCAUAGUAACCCUAUCAACGUACUUGUAUCUCGGAUCAUUCCAAGAAAACAUUCUUUCCAUCAUUUCAAAGCUAUAAUUAGUUUUAAGGAAAUCCCCUCUGAUGAAACUGCCAUACUUGAAAAUACAAAUAGCGAAUAAGAACAGUGUCUAUCAACAUUUACGACUAACAAAAAUGAUAAAUCAAUACAUUCAGCACUAAUUGAUAAGUACCUGAGAGAUUUUAAUUGAAGCGAGAUAGAAAAGCAAAGUAUUUUAGGUAAAACGCAGUUUGAACAUUUUCCAAAAGUCCACGAACUGUGUAAGACAGCGAAAUAUAAGUAAUGCUAAUGUGAUAUAGGAAAAAUGAAAAGCGCCACAAUGAAACCCACACUCGAAAACAAAAAAAAUCUCAGCAAUGAGUAAACCGCAUUUCCACGCAAUCUUGCCACGUAUUUCAGAAUCAAUGUCCAUUCAAUUGCCAUACACAAUUCCCUCCUCAGAAAGUCCUUGGCGGCCAACGAAUAGAACGUCGACGCACACAAACACACGACAGCACAAAGUUCACACAAUUAUCAUAAAUGUGACGAAAAACAACAGACUUUGAGCAACGCUAAUCGUACGAAUAGAUAUGUUUAGUCGGUAAACACUCGCGAUGAAACGUGCUCCGUGCAUCGCCGAAAAAAAAUAAUUGCAAUAUUAAUUUUACUAAUCUUAAAAGGAGACUAGGCCGUAAUAGUUAACACAGUAUUUAAUGCGCGGAACCACGCGCAGCUAUACAUUUAAAUUUCUGUUGUGAAAAAAUCUUCUACUCACAGUAGAUAACCGACUUCAAUGAUUUCUUUAGGUGGUGGUGGAUGAUGAUGAUGAUCAGCUUUUUGAUAGAUUCUUCUGUAUUCUUUAUUUUAUCGUUCCCAUUCUCUGUAAGUUUAAUGCUAUUCUCAGUAGUUUAACGACAAAUUCACACAAACAAAAACAACGUACGCAGUAAUUGAGCCGUUUUCCGAUAGUAGAAACAUGUUUUGCCAUUCCAUACAAGCGAGUUUAAAAUCGUUAAUCAAUGGGACAAGUAUGAGACAAAUGUGACUAACAAUUAGAUUAGGCUAUUUGAAGAAUAUUAUCAUUCCAACAGUAAGAUAGUUAUAGAGAUUUAUAGUAGACAAAAUCGUUUCUUAUUAUGAAAGUAAAUUUCAAAAUUUUCUAUUGUUAUAUUUUAUGAAUAUUGAAUAAAACAUGAUUUUUACUAAA